AUGGUACAACGUUUAACAUAUUCUGAAAUUGAAAUAAUUGAACGUCGUGAUGUUGAAAAAUGUCUUGAUGAAACAAUUGAAUAUAUUGAAAUGAAUUAUACAGAAGAAAUUGUUAAAAUUGAAUCUAUUGAAAAUAUUCAAAGAAAAAUAAAUUCUAUUCGAAUGUUUCCAUUUAAUCGAUAUAAAUAUGAACAAUUAUUAGAAACAACUUAUCGAAUAUUUGAAGAUCAAUCAAUAAAUCGUCCUGCUGUAUUAUCCUCGUUAAAUGGACGAAUUCUAUUACCACCGCUAAAUCAACUAAAUUUUCCUCAAGAUGAUAUUCAAAUAGGAUAUACUUGA